AAAGCUAGCAAACGUUUUUCCCUUCUUAAAUCGAUUUACCUUCACUAAGGAGCAAAGCAAACAUGCUCGGAGAUGGCGGAGGUCUUUAGGGACUGUUUCCAAAGCCAUUACGGUACACUUGUGGGGAAAAUGUAUACAGAAAAGACGAUCCAGCCAGACAAACUAUUUAGCUUGUUUCGACCCCAGGAUUAUUACGUCAUUGCCAGCAACCAGGAGAGAAAGGACCCAAACGUCCUCAUUUAGGUAUCGUGUUAGGUGCCUGUUCACAAAGCCUUUAACACUUAAAACAGCCGCAUAACCUAAUAUAUAUAUUAAUUUUCUGUGUAACGUAAAAUGUAAUUAAAUGAGAUAUAAAUUCCAGUGUAUUUUUAAUUCAUUGUUGGGACUCGUCGUCGUCCAUACAGGGUAACGCCUGUCCUAGCCGAGUGAAUUUAACUAAUUUCUCGUUAGAAGUUAUAAAAAGCUGAUACCCAUGACCUUUUUUCAUUUUAUCAGUUAUUAUCGGUAUCUAUAUCAACAGUCUGCAUAUCAAUUCAGUCCUCAUUGUACACGACUAUACUGCACAAGAAGCUAAAUGGCUAUUUCUACAAGAUAGGUAGCUCACUCUUAGGAAAACACUGCCCUCUAGCGUUUUGGUAGAGACUUGCAAGGCAAGAGCACAGCACUUUAAUGUUUUUUUUUAGUUUUUGCUUUUCUUUACUUAUUUUCCACUAUUGACAAAUCAUUAAAAUCCUUGAGGGGAUUAAAAAUUGUAUUUAGUUAGUUUCAGGUCGAAAAUAAAUUUGCAAUGUGAUGUCCAACUGCGUAGUUUGAACACUUGAGGGGGCCAUGCUCCUGUUUAGCUUCUUUCACCCACUCUGGUGUCACAAUCCGCCUUGAGCGUUGGCUCGUUGCCUUCAGGUUAACUCGGAAAACAGCAAGGCGAGUCACGCUCACCGUUUACAAACGCGAACUCAAAAACUUGCUUUAUCUCUUUCAAACAAGCGCUUAUCCCACGUCUCGGUCCAAACUUGCUGUGGAAGUCACGGCUAAUUCAUAGUCACGGCGUCCUCGCUGUGAUUUUAUGGACAAAUCUCUGUCAAAGCCGUGAAGGCAGCAGGCCAAGUGAAGCAGGUAGCGGCUGUAAAUGAGAUCCCGCGGGGUGGAGGGGAGCGACACACGGACCCGGAGGUGGAUACGUGGGACUGUACACGCCGUCUCUCGGGUCGACUAACUUCACAUGAGGAUCACAUGGAGUUCGAACCACUCUCUGGCGCCCGGUUGAUGAAUUUCACCCACUCGUUGUUCCACCCCUCGGAGCACCGUAUCCAGUUUCGCGGUAGCGCCUAGCCGAGCCACGGAAAAAGUGGCUUCAAUGGGAACCUCGGCAGCGACGACGGACUAUUGGGAAUAACUCGAGUGUGCUUUUCCGUCCACGGAGGUGUUGUUCUUCUUCGACUUUGCGUGAAAGAGGCGGUGCGGUGAUUCAGUCGUGGAAGAAAUAUUUGUAGCAACGUUGGAGUUGUAAACAUGUUACUUAACCUUUUGGCUGCUCUCUGAUGUACCCACGCGCUGCGUGUCGUUGCGGCGGCAACCUGUAACGUUGCCUUUGAAGUUCGGCGUGUCUCUUCCGUGUGUGUGUGUGGAAGUGUGUGUGUGUCCGUCCAGAAAAAUGUGGCGCCCUCGGGACUUGCUAUUUUGUAACUCUGUUUGUCAACUUCCGCGCACGGCGUGUGGAAGUGGGUGCCGCGAGUGUAAUUGGCGUUACGGGCGUUAGUGGCCAUCGUCGUGGGUGAUUAGUUUGACACGGCAGCCUUACCGGAGGACAUGCGGGGACUUUUUGUCAUGACUUUGAGUAAAAGCGCUUGCGAUUGGAAUACACGCGUGGAUCAUCCAGCGGAGACGUGGGACUCUGAAUUGGAAAGUGUAACGCCGUAGAAGAAGACGCCAAGCGGGGAGAUUUUUAUUUUUAUUUUUUUUUAUUUUUUUUUUCUUUGAAAGCACAUUUGUACAAGUGUUUUGCUUUUUAACGUCCCCACUUGCGGUGCUUUCGCCAGCCUUUGAAGACCCACCAUGCGCGGCCGGGCUCCGCCGCUUCAGCCGAAGCCAUGACCGUCCCCCCGCGGCGCCUGGCCGGCUUCUGGCCGUUGCUGCUCUUGGCGGCCCUGCAGGUGGUGCUGGGCCAGCCGGGCCUGGAGCCCGAGCGGCCGGCCUUCCGAGCGCUCAUCACGGUGACGCUGCUGAGGCACGACCCGACGGGCGCUCCCAUCGUUCUGGAGGGAAUGUUCGUGGGGGCCAGUGCCGGUUACGCGGAGGGGAAGCUCAUGCAGUAUCACCCUCUGUCUCUGUGCAACACGAGCGAAGAUGAACGACCAGAGAGCGACUUCAUCACCAUUGUCAAGCUGGAGCACAGCAUCCUGCCCUGCCCGCCGCUGCUGGAUAAGGCCCACAUGGCGCUGGACAAGGGAGCUCAGGCCGUUAUUUUCGACGUCAGCGAUGACGCCGGUGCGGCUGCUGAGCUGAGGACGGCGGGAGCUGAGGGAAACGCCCUUCCCCGCCCAGUUGUCCUUGUGGAUGCUGAAGAUGCGGAGGAGUUGAUGGGUCUGGUCAACAAGAACGAGGAAGCCGAAGUCCGUAUUGAGAUCUUGGUGGAGCAGCCGAAAUGGCCCCAUUAUAACGUGGUCAUCCUCCUCACCAUUGUCUUGGCUAUUUUGAUCAUCAUCCUCAUCUUUGCUUUCCGCUACAAGUGCAAAUCCAACAGAACUUGGGACGCCGUCCAUCAGCAAACCAUGCACGCCAUCAGUCGUUUAGAAACCAAAACCUACAUCUCAUCCCAGGGCUGCUCAGGCACGCAGCGCUCCCACGGCAGCAGUUCCAAUUCCGGCCCGGUCUGUGCCAUAUGCCUGGAGGAAUUCCAGGACGGCCAGCAUCUGAGGAUCAUCUCCUGCGCUCAUGAGUUUCAUAAAGAUUGCGUGGAUCCUUGGCUGCUGCAGCAUCGUACCUGUCCUCUGUGCAUGCACAACAUCAUGGGUGAGGAUAAGCCCAUUUGCAGGACGGAGCGGCAGCCACACAGGAACAGACUCCAGUCCAGUCUGGAACGAAGUUUCCUUCACCCCCAGCCUUACAGCAGCCCGCAAAACCACCCGUUCCCCCAGCACGCCGUCCCUUUCUCCAUGAGGCCGCACUAUCCUCGCGGACCUUCAGGCUCCUAUCCGCCGGUCUCUCACUACAAUACGUCUUCUCCCAUGGACAGCCAAACGCUGCGUCUGCUCACCAGCAGGUCUUUGGGCGCCCCUUGUGAGUACCACCUGCCCUCAGAGGGUCCCAGGAGGCCCCACAGGACUGGCGGGAACUGCAGGACAACCCACCAUUACACCCCCCGCCGGUCCUGCCCAAACUAUCGCUCAUCCUGCCCAGCUCAGCGUAGCACCUCCGUGUCCAGAGCCAACCACACCGCGUCAUCCGCCCCGCAUCCCCGUCGAGCGGCAGGCCACGGUCGGCUGGACGGGGGCAGCUGCUCCGGCGGCAGCUACCACACGGAUCGCAGCGGGUAUUUAGCCGAUGGCCCGGCAAGCGACUCCAGUUCGGGGCCUUGCCACGGAUCCUCCAGCGACUCGGUUCUCAAUUGUACCGAUGUGUCCAUGCAGGGGGUGUACGGCAGCUGGUCCACUUUCCGUAGCUCGCUGAGUAGCGACUACGAUCCCUUUGGGUAUUAUGGGCCGGGCUCCGGGCGAGCCCCACGCAGAGACAGCCUGGAGUUGGAUGCCCAGGCCCGGCCCAGGUCUCUGGACUUGGUGGUGAAUAAAGUGGGCUGCCCCGAGGAGCCGCCGCAGACGGUGUUUAACCACAUCCACUACCACCGCCAUCGACACCACCACUAUGAGGAAGGGGAGCCUGGCCAGGGCCCAAGCAGAGCCUCAGAUGAGGAGCAGGGGGCCACAGCAGCAGGUGGUGCGCCUCUUGCGCAUCUCUUGGACAAAGACUCGAUUGUCGGCCCUCCCCAGCCCGCUUGUUGCCAGUGCACAAAACCAGACUGUACCAAUGUGCCCGGCUGUGGGACAGAGAGUCGGGAUACCAACCUGAGCACCUCGGGGCCCCCGGUGCUGGUGUCUCCUAUCCCCAUACAGCUACAAACCCACUGCUACCACCAGGGACACCCAACCACGGCUCUGGGGCGGGGCUGUGUCCAAGACCCCCUCUCCGUUCACUUCCACCGGAGCUUGGACCUUCAGGACGAUCGGAGCAGCCGAAUCCACUACGGCCAGGGCUCGGGAUUCUGCCGCUCUCCCCCUGAGCGGUGCCCCGCCCCCCUCCCUGUACCUCUCAUUCUGGACUCGGGAGGUUUAGACGACUGGCCUUGCUGCGCCGGGUCCCACGUUGUGUGGCACAAACGAGUGCAGGAGGCGCACUCGGAGCCCCAGCUUCUGGGGACCAGGACCUCUAUUGAGUGGCCCCCCUGCAGGCUCCACCGUGGACUUGCUGCGGACCGCAACGCAGAUAUUUGUUUAUGUUGCCAAAACAUAUACCGGCAUCAGGGAUCUGAAGAGGAGUCUGGAGUGUGACAGCUUCUUCCCGAAAUACACUAGAACCCGUUUAAGUCGACAACCCAUCUACGUGUACCAACUCGAGCCCCGGUCCACGUUGGUCUUCUUUUUACUAAAAAAUACCCACUUGGUCAGGGCCCAACUGACUGGGGUGGGGGUGAGGGGGAAGGGGGGGAUUUGCGACGGGGUGAGGCAACUAGUAUUUAAGCAGCAAUUAUGUUAACGCUACACUUUAGCCAACACAGUGGAACCUUGGUUAGCGGCAUUAAUCCGUUCCCGAAGAUCCGACUGGAACCGGAACUCCGUUCCAGACAACCAAACUUCAUUCAUUAAUUUUAUACCGCUUUUCCUCACGAGGGUCGCGGGGUACACCCUGGACUGGUGGCCAGCCAAUCACAGGGCACAUAUAGACAAACAACCAUUCACACUCACAUUCAUACCUAUGGACAAUUUGGAGUCGCUAAUUAACCUAGCAUGUUUUUGGAAUGUGGGAGGAAACCGGAGUACCCGGAGGAAACCCACGCGUGCACGGGUAGAACAUGCAAACUCCACACAGAGAUGGCCGAGGGUGGAAUUGAACCCUGGUUUCCUAGCUGUGAGGUCUGCGCGCUAACCACACGACCGCCUUGCAACCAAACUUGUUAACCCAAAAUAUGUUUUUAUAGUUUUGUAAUUAUUAAACAAUUCAAAUGUAUAUGAAUGUUGAAUGAACGGGAUAAACAAACAUAUAAGGAGGACGUGAUUGUUGCCAAAGAUUCAAUGCGGCGGCGCGAUCAACACCGACACCACCUUCCUGUUUUGCCAUGAGUUAUUUCUCACCUCGGGUCUCUGCUUUUCUUUGGAUGAUGGCUGCAAAAUAGCCCCAAGUAGAGCCAAGGAAGGUUGCAAGCGGUAGCAUUUUGCUAAGAAAGGUGAGAAUUUAAUUGAAUUGAAUGGAAUUGAAGAAAUAACGUGAAGGUGUCGUCCGUGUUGAUCUUGCUACCACAAUCACAUCAGUGAAAAUGCUCGUCGCUCGUUGUGAAACCAUAAAAACAUGUCUUGCGUUACCAUUUUGGAGACGAAACGGUUUUAAUUUGAAGUCCAGACGGGCGCCGACAUCGGGUUCCUGUUGUCGUGUACAGUAAACCUCGGAUAUAUCGGACUCGGAUAUAUCGGAAAUUCGCUCACAACGGACAGAUAAAACAGAACCAAUUUUUCUGUAAUGCAUUUCCAAUAAAAAUUCAUUGCAUAUAUCGGAUUUUUUAUAACGGAUUUCGCCUAUUUCGGACAAAAUCUCCAGUCCCGUUCCAAUGCAUUUCCAUUAAAUUUCCCUCGCAUAUAUCGGAUGGCCGCAUCGUGGCGCUCCGAUUCGCCGAAUCGUGACAGGCCGCUAUACGACGUCAUUUGCAGCGUUUGCAGCGUUGCCUGCGCGUCCAGGUACAUUGGAAACAUAGUCAAGGAAGUGCCUUUUUAUAACGGGUAAAAUCCGAUUUACGCAUAUACCGGAUAUAAAUCCCAUAUAUGCGUAAAACGGACAUUUUCCAGUAUACGCAUAUAACUGAUUUCGCUUAUAUCAGACAAAACCAGUGGGAACAAUUGAAUCCGAUAUAUCCGAGGUUUACUGUAUUAGCAAGCUAAUGGGCUGCUAGCAAGAACGUUUUUGUGAUAAAAAAAAAAAAACAGUGUAUGAAUAACACGACUAGACACGUCGGGGGUCGACAUAAACGGGUUCCACUGCAUCACGCUGCUACUUGGGGAACCAGAAUGGACAGUCCUCCUUGCCGCCCCCCCGCCCCCUUCUGCUGCCACUAGUGCCUGGAGGAUUCUUUAUCCCAGCUCUGCAUUGUUCUCUUCCAAAUAAUUCAUGGCAAAACAGUUUGGAUCAGACCCGGAAUAAUGAACAAAUAUUCCGUGUUUGGGAUGAUGAUAAUGAUAAUGAUGAUGAUGAUCAGGAGCUGCUGAGGGGGAAGACACUACAGAGGGCCCUGGCUGUGGGAGCCUUCCUCUCGACUCGACACGAGACCGGGACGGCUCACUGUGGUACCCCCCCUCUCCUCUUCCUCAGUCUUCAUCUUGUUGUCACUCUUAGCCUACCUCAGCUCACGUUUUGUCUUGCCUGACGCACAGGGUCUUUCAAGGUACUGCUGUAGUUUUUGUAAGCCGCAUCCACGUAGCCGCCGCCCAACCCCCCCAGCCUAACAGGUGAUGAGGUCUGUCAGAGGGAAAGGUGGAUGGUGGGCCUAUCAGACAGUGAAUGUUCUCUGAAGUGGCCUCCUUUUCAAUACUUCAAUAAUGGCAGCUCUUUUCAUCAUGUUUUUUUUAUGUUUAGUACCAUUUCUUUUUUUUUUUUUUCAAAAUGACUGAAUUGUGUUGCCAUUUGGAUACCUUCAUGCCAUUUUUCUUUGCUUUUUGGGGGGGGACGCUGACAAUUUCUGCUUGUUUCCCCAGCAACUAAAGCCCAGGUCCUUAUUGUAGCUCUAAAAAAAGCAGUGCCUUCUGAAUAAUAAUGAUAAUAACAAUACAAAUAUAACUGGAAUAAAGCCACGGCAGCACGAAGCUGAAGCAUCUUACAGCAAUGAUGCAAGAAAAAAGUCAUGACAUUUCGGAAAAAUAAGCUGAGAAUUUCUGCUUGUUUCCCCAGCAACUAAGGCCCAGGUCCUCAUUGUAGCCCUAAAAAAACAGUGCCUUCUGAAUAAUAAUACAAAUAUAAGUGGAAUAAAGCCACAGUAGCAUGAAACUGAAGCAUCUUACGGCAAUGAUGCAAGAAAAAAGUAAUGACAUUUCGGAAAAAUAAGCUACAAUACCGUAACCCCUCCUUUAUCACGGUUAAUUAGUUCCACAGCUGACAGUGCACAUUGCUUCAUACGCCAAGGAAAAAAUUUCAAAGCCUCUCCGAAUAUGGAGCAAAUUUGGAAAAAAAAAAAUUUAUUCCAGCAGAUAGGUUCUUCGUGUGAUGGCGGCUUUACAGAGUUUAGUCUAAACAUUAAACCAAACAUUACACCGUUAGUCUCUUCAUAAUGAAUGACUUUUUUCCUGUAAUAUGAGCUGUUCUUCAUAGCCCGUCUACCAUCAUCAUCCUCGUGAUUAAGUGUCGUUUGAUGACGAGCCAUACAUGGGUGACCCCCUCCACCAAAUUUGAACCAAAUGUGGCCCAAAAGUUUUCCCAACCCUGAACCAACUAGAACUAAGACUUAGAACUAAGUCACCUUCGAGGCACUACACUGCCGAUGGGGAUGCCGUACAACUCCCUGUCCAAAAAUCCCAAACUACCCCUUUCAAGCCUUUUUCAUAGCAGUGCCGCUGGGCACGCUUCCGAGCCACCCGCUGAUCAAGCCGAUGGGCGUUGCAAUGUAACGUGUAGCACUUACGCAGGUAUGGAUAUGUGCCUUUUGCAUUCACGGGCCUUUUUCCAGAUAUCCACGUCACAAACCAAAGAGACGCAAUCUUUGCAGAACGCCCCCCCGCCGCAACCCUCCCUUGACUUCAGUUACUUUGCAUGACACAAAAGCGGCCGUCAUUUUUGGGGCUAACCGUGCAGAAAUGUUCAACCGCAACCCAUCAAGCAAGAUACCUCACAUUGAACAUGAACACACAAUUCUCCUGGCUUAUUGGUGUGUGUGCGCGCAUGUGUGUGUGUGUGUGUGGAUGUGUGUGUAUGUGUGUGACCACGCACGCUCUGCUACGGACACGACUGAAAAGCAGCACUUUGGGUGAUUUUAUAAUGAAAAAGAAAAGUUUUUUUUUUUUUUAAAGAAUUUUGCAUAGCUGCAGUUUCAUCCACAAGCUUUUAGUUUGUGUUGUUGCCUACUUGAGCUUAAACUGCCUUUCCUACUAGAGUGCAAAACAAAGAAUUCCCUCCAUAACGCCAAGGGAUCCAUCUAUCAAUAUAUUUUGGAUACUUUGUAUACAAAAAAAAAAAAAGAGUACAACAAAACAAAUAGUGUUGUAUUUGAUAUAUAAUAGAACAUUUCAAUACAGUGACAUGUCACUAAUAUAUUUAUUUACUAAUAUAUUUAUCCAUUUUGUCCAGGUUUGAAUGGGUGGUUUCUCUAUAGACCAAUUGUGUUUUUCUGUAUGGAAACUAACCAGUGCCAUCACAAAUGUAUCAGCCUGUCUUCAUUCCAAUUAUAUGCAAAUAAAUUAUUUUGAAAUAAAUCUUCU